AUGGGGGUACACAAGUCACGUUGGCCUUUAUACGAAGAAUUAGUUCUGGAUCAUCGGCGGAAGAGCGCCGAUCAGAUCUUAGAUUCUGAGAUGCGGACGGUAUGCUCGCUAUCGAGGGAUCCGGGCGCAGCAGCUAAUGGGCCAGCUACUGCUCGAGUGGCACCGGCUCGGUCCUUUUACAACUCGGGCCUUGAUUAUGCAGGUCCAGUCACCUUGAAGACUUGGAAAGGGCGGGUGGCACGAACAUACAAAGGCUAUCUGGCUAUAUUCGUAUGCCUCGCUACAUCAGCCGUUCAUAUAAAAGUAGUCACGGAUUACACGACUGAUGCCUUCAUUGCCGCCUACAAAAGAUUCACGAGCAGAAGAGUGUUAAGACGACAAUUUAAGACAUCCUCCAAGGAACUACGACAUCUCGCAUCCCUGCUCGCCAAUGACCACACUAUAUGGAGGUUCAAUCCCCCAGCAGCUCCUCACUUCGGAGGAAAGUGGGAGGUGGUCGUAAAAUCAACUAAAUAUCACUUGCAACGAGUGUUAAAGGAGACUGUAUUGAUCUAUGAGGAAAUGACAACCAUCAAUGCAGAUAGAAGCGGGGAAGCGCCCACUGCUAUUCCAGAAUCUGCUCUAUUAGACGAGAAAACUUCAAGGCUCUCACGAUGGCAACUGCUUAGACAAAAGGUAGACCAUUUUUGGACAAGGUGGUCCUUCGAGUGUUUACAGCGCUACCAAGCAGUAUCAAAGUGGCAUCAUCCUUCAAACGACAUAAAGGAAGGAACAAUGUUCCUCAUCGCCGAUGAACGCUAUCCGCCAGGAAAAUGGCUCCUCGCUCGAGUAACACAUCUCCAUCCAGGACCUGACGGGUUAACAAGAGUUAUUACCGUGAGAACGGCUACGAGUGUCAAUCAUACACUAUGGACACAUGGCCGGAAUUUGCCCUAA